AUGGCUUCGAAGCUUCAAUCUUCAGGCAAGGGCGAAAACAACCAAACCGCCAUCGCCGCCGCCGCCGCUCCCACGGUUCUCGAUAUCUUGUUGCAUAAACACCACUUCUCUCCCGAGGUGGCUUCAUUAGUUGACUCAGAUUUGAGAUUCAGUAAUCUCACCGACUCAGUCAAAGCCGAUUCAGUACUCUCAUAUUUCAGAGAUACCGGCUUUUCGACCACCCAAUUGGAGAAGCUUGUCAAGUACAGGCCUCGAUUUCUCGCGUCGAGCGUCGAGAAAAGCAUCAAACCCAAAAUCAAGAUUUUUCAAGAUUUGGGGUUUUCUUCAGAAGACAUCACCUAUAUAAUGACGAGUUAUCCGACGAUACUGCAUUCGAGCGUUGAUAACAGCAUCGUUCCCUCGUUAACUCUGCUCAAAGGCAUGUUGGGUUCCGAUCACGACCUGGCAAAAAUUUUACGGUUGUGCGGGUGGUUUCUGACGGCCGAUUUGGAAAAGAAUAUGGUGCCCAACGUCGAGUUCUUGAAGAGCUACGGCGUACCCAUGGAGCGUAUUCUGGUCAUAGUUUAUAGUAACCCGAGGUGUCUUUUGAUCAAGACGGGAAUCAUGAAGAAGUCUGUUGAAAGAAUCGAAAAGAUCGGGUUUGAUCGAUGCUCGAAAAUGUUUGUUUACGCGAUUAUGGUUAUUGCUAUGAUGAGUGACGAGACAUGGGAGCGCAAGUUGCAGGGUUUUCGGGAGUUGGGAUUUUCGGACACGGAAAUAUUGGCGAUGUUUAGGAAGGCACCUAUGUUGUUUACGAAAUCAACGGAGAAGAUGAAGACCAUAAAAAAACUCGUGUUUGAAACAGGGAAGUUCGAUAAUUCGUCGAUUGUGAAUAACCCGGUUGCUCUUGCGUGCAGCGUGGAGAAUAGGUAUAAGCCGAGGUUUCAA